CAGGAAAGAAGCAUAACUGAACAUGGUUACAGGUUAAAUGCAUCUAGAAAAACUUGCUACUAUAUGUGAACUAAUCAAUUUUCAGGAUAAUACUAGAGAUCUUUUAAUGAUCUUACCUGCUAGUGCUACUACACGUGAACUCACAACAGCCUGCCAUUUUAAAACAUAUAAAUUGAUGUCUACAAGAAAGUUGCCUGCUUCUGAUCAGACAAGGACAGAAGGCCGGCUGCGACAACAAGAUGGAUAUGGUCUUUCUCAAAACCCUCUCUUUGCCUAUAUGUGCAGAAGCCGGCAGGCCGGCGGAUGGUUAAACUAACCAUGUGAAAUGUGAAGCUACGAUGGUUCCAAUUGACAGCAACUCGUACUGUACGAUGUACAUGUUGGCUUCACAUGGAAUGGAUGGAGUAGGAAAUGAGACAUCCUCUCCAAAUCCAAGAUAUUGUCACUGCACCAUCAGGAACAGCAUACACUCCACUAUGUUUGCCACACCGGAGGAGUUGUUGGGCCUCGCCGAGCCUGCACCAUUGUCCCCCUCCCUCUUCCUCGACCUUCCUCCAACGACCCAUGGUGACUCACAGAAUGACCUGGCCCUGGAAUACAUUUCGCGCGUGCUCACAGAGGAGGACAUCGUCGAUAAGUUCUUCUACCAGUACCCUGACCACCCGAAGCUCCUGCAGGCCGAGCAGCCCUUCGCCGAGAUCCUCGCCAACACCUCACCCGCCGCCGACCAGGACUCCUUUGCCGACUCCACCUCCAUAUUGAUGCCCAGCCAAGGAAACAACACAGACGUCAUGGUUUCCGGGUGCCAGGUACAGGAUCCAGCCUUAUUGAACUGCACAGGCACAGUGGAGCCCAAUAGUAUGGUGUUUCCCAGCGAGAGCAGCACCAGCAUGAACAUGCUAUCGAGUAUGAGUAUGGCUUUCUUCAAUGGCAUGGAGGACGCCAACAGGUUCUUGCCCGCAGAUGAUGUGAUGGUGGAUGGUAGGGGGCGUAAGAAGAGAUCUGACAUGGAUGGUGAGACCGAGGCGGGCUUGGGCAGGAGCAGCAAGCAAAUAGUUGUGAUGCUGCAUAGUGCCUUGGAGGAGGAGGAAGAGGAGGAAGCCACCGCGCUGGAGAUGUUGGACCGGCUCAUCCUCAACGGCUACGAAGCGUCCCCGAGCGAGAUGCAGGAGGUAGUACGUGUCACCUGGGAGGACAAGGAGGACAAGGCAGCACGGCAGAGCAUCUCCAGGCGUGGGAGGUGCGCGGCGAGGCAUACGAUGGUGACUGACCUAGAGACUCUGCUGACCCGCUGUGCAGAAGCAGUGGCCAGCAGCGACGUGUGUGGCGCGAGCAAGCUGCUGGAGCGGAUCAAGUGUCACUCAUCGCCGAGAGGGGACGCUAGGCAGCGGCUGGCGCACUACUUCGCCCAGGGGCUGGAGGCACGGCUGGCUGGCACGGGGAGCCGACUGUACCGAUCGCUCAUGGGGAAGCGCACCUCAGCCGUGGAGCUCAUCAGGGCCUACCAUCUGCACACGGCCGCGAGCUGUUCGAUCAAGGUGGGGUUGCUCUUUUCCACCAACACCAUCUACAAGGCCGUUGCAGGGAGGAGGAAACUGCACAUUGUGCACUACGGCAUCAGCACCGGGUUUCAGUGGCCGGACUUGCUCCGGUUACUGGCGAAUAGGGAGGGCGGGCCACCAGAAGUGAGGAUCACCGGCAUCAACACCCCUCAGCCCGGGCCCUGUCCGGCUGCACUAAUGGAGGAGGCAGGGCACCGGCUCAACAAUUACGCAAGUCAGUUUGGCGUGCCAUUCAAGUUCCGCGCCAUCGCAUCCAAGCUGGAGGAUGUCCGGGCUGAGGACCUGCACAUCGAUCCAGAUGAGGUCCUGGCCGUGAGCAGCCUAUACGAGUUCAGGACCUUGAUGGACGAGAGCCUCACCUCUGACAUGCUAAGCCCAAGGGACAUGGUACUCAACACUAUCAGGAAGAUGAGGCCGUCUGUGUUCGUCAGUUCCGUUGUCAAUGGACCUUACAGUGCGGCGUUCUUUAUGACGCGGUUCCGCCAUGCGCUCUACUACUUCUCGGCGUUGUUCGAUAUGAUGGAGACCACCGUUCCAUGGGACAGCGACAAGAGACUUCUGGUGGAGCAGGAGAUACUUGCACGGUCCGCCAUAAACAGGAUCGCAUGUGAAGGCGCAGACCGGGUGGAGCGCCCUCAGAACUACAAGGAGUGGCAGACGCGGAACCAGCGAGCGGGGCUAAGGCAGUUGCCAUUGGACCCUGAUAUUGUUAUGAUGCUCAAGGACGAAGUGAAGAAUCGGUACCACAAGCAUUUCAUGAUCUGCGAGGAUCACCGGUGGCUUCUACAAGGAUGGAAAGGCCGGGUGCUCUAUGCCCACUCCACAUGGGCAGCUGGUGAUGCUACUGGUUCUCUAGUGUGAUGGACUGAAGUACCGAUAGACGCAACUUCAUCAGUGUUUGAUGGUCUGUUGUAGUACCAGAUGUGUGUUUGCUCCUCUUUUGUAUCUGUAACUUAGUAACAGAACCAUUAUCAGAUUGUCUGAGUGGCCCCUGUUUGUUGAAAGCUGCUGUGAGCACACACAUAUCUGUUUAAUAAACAUGUAAAAUUGCCAUGACACUAUAUGGAAUCCCUGCAUGACAACAUCCUAAUAGUGCAUAUGCAUCAUAUCUGUCUACACAAAACAACAUCCUAAUAGCCAGUCAUAUGUGAACUGAGCAUAGAUCAGAUGGUUAGGUUCUUUGUGGUGAAACCAGCCCACCAGAGAUAAAGUCCUAGACUUGGCACCGGUGCUCGCUUUUCCUGGAUUUAUUUCAGGCUUUGUUCGUUCAGUUUUCAUAGUGCCUUUUGUGUCAGGUUGCAGAUUCAGUUUAUGCAGACUUAGCUCAUAGUGCUUUUUUUUUUGUUUAUUGAAUUCAGCGGGGUAAUGCGUAUGGCAUUUUAGCCAGUUUUCUAUGCUGAUUCAGUGGAUUAUGAGACCUACUCAAGUUUAUUUUCUCAUGAGAUGUAGUCAGUUCUAGGUAGAUUCAGUUUAGCGUACUUUCCUGGGAGGACAUUCAGUGUAUGUAUUGUUAUCUUCUUUCUCAGUAGCAGUCAGGGAGAAUUCCUCCAAUAUGUUAUGCCAUAAUAGUAUUUUUUUUGCGGGUAAGGAGGGAGCUCGCACACUAUAUGUGUUUGUGAAGAUCUACUCCAGUAUAUGUGUUUGUUACCUUUUUUUCUCAGCAAUAGUAAGGAGGGAGCUCGCACACUAUAUGUGUUUGAAGAUCUUAGUGAAUGCUUCUAAUGGCAGCCAGUUACUUUCUAAUUUUUUUUAGAGAAUGGGUUUGCUGCAGGACACGAAGAUGUCUGCACUUUUUUGUUCGAUAUGUUUCUGCAGUGUCCUCUGAAUGUUUUUUAUGUGAACUUUUGUUUCAAAGAGUGUUACUAUUUGAUUAGUACUUAAUCGUUUCGAGGCGACGUCUCACUAGCAUAGUAAUGUUUAUAUGGUUCUGUUGGCCUUAAUUUUUUUGGCUGUUCAUUCUCUCUACUGCUAGCAAAUCCCCCAUUUUACAUUCCAUCCGCAUAACAUGUGUUUUUUGUUUCUGCAGAAGGUCUGGGGACUCUACGGCUCAGA